CACUCAGCGCCAAGACCUGGAAAGUAUCGAAUCCCGCCUUCCGGAGAAAACAAUAUUCCGGUAUCUACACGUGAUCGUGCCCCUCCAGCCCUAACCCUACAAAGCUAUCAAGGAGAUACAUUUCUCCGUUCCGGGUGACUCACAUGGCAGUUGCAGCGACUCCGGUCGGGGCCACUCGAAAUUGGGUGCCUCAGGCUCCCAACUCUUUCUCGGUGCAACCAGCCUUCCGAUGGUAUUCAAACCGAGAGCCCUCCUACGCAACAAAGGAAACACAACCCAGCGAGAUGCAAGGAGCCCAAGGUGUGUGAGGGGGAACCAAAAGCUCCCGUUGAGAUGUAAAGCUUCCACUCCGAUCUUUUCCUUCAUGUGUCCCGCAUUGAACCAAUCGUCCCAUAACUCUUUUUCCUUGUGAUCCCGAAGUGCAGCAAAAGUAGCUCCGAGGGUUCUCGCCCCUAAAGAAGCAAUAAUUGUUCAUGCCACUCUUCCCCGCCGCGGGACCCCGCUGUCGCUUUUCCUGCGCAGCGCGAGCGGCCAAUUUUCGUCUCCGCACUCUUUCUCUGUGGUUUUCUCUCCCUCUUAACCACUUUUCCUCCGCACGAGGGGUUCGAGGAAUUGCCGCACCGUCCUUGUCUCCAUUGACUAGUCGGUCUCCACUGCCACCAGCUUUUAAAAACCCCCGGCCCAUCUCUUGUCAUCGCACGUUUGCCAGCUCCGCAAUCAUGGCGUCUAAGAUUGACGGUACCGCUAUUGCCAAGAGCAUCCGUGAGGGUCUCAAGGCUCAGAUUGAGAAGACACAAUUGACCAACCCUCGGUUCAAGCCGAACUUGGUGAUCUUCCAGGUUGGCAAUCGGUCUGAUUCCAGCACCUAUGUGCGCAUGAAGCUGAAGGCCGCUCAAGAGGCCAACAUCAUCUGCACCCUCAUCAACGUCCCCGAAUCCAGCACCGAGCUGCAGCUUGUCCAGGAAAUCACCAAGGCCAACAAUGACCCCUCAGUUCACGGUAUCUUGGUGCAACUGCCCCUUCCCAGCCACAUGUCGGAGCACACCAUCACCUCGACCGUUGCGGAUGAGAAGGAUGUCGAUGGAUUUGGUGCCAUCAACAUUGGAGAGUUGGCUAAGCGUGGUGGACGUCCCCUGUUCACUCCUUGCACCCCACUUGCAGUCAUGGAGCUGCUCAAGGCCAGCGGGGUUGACCCCGCCGGCAAGGAAGCCGUGGUUUUGGGCCGUAGCGACAUCGUCGGCAGCCCCGUCAGCUAUCUGCUCAAGAAUGCCGACGCUACCGUCACCGUGUGCCACUCCAAAACCCCCGACAUUGCUCGCGUUGUGAAGAACGCCGACAUCGUUGUUGCCGCCAUUGGUCAGACCGAGAUGGUCAAGGGUGAUUGGCUCAAGCCCGGUGCCGUCGUGAUUGACGUCGGUAUCAACUAUAAGCCCGAUGCGACCAGGAAGUCUGGUGAGCGUCUUGUUGGUGAUGUCGACUUCGAGUCUGCUUUUCAAGUGGCCUCGCAGAUCACCCCCGUUCCCGGUGGUGUCGGUCCCAUGACCGUUGCCAUGCUGCUGAAGAACGUGGUCACCGCGGCCACCGCCUACUUUGAGAAGCAAAAGGACCGCCACAUUACUCCUUUGCCUCUGAAGCUGCAGACCCCCGUCCCCUCUGAUAUCGCCAUCUCUCGCGCCCAAUAUCCCAAGCCCAUCACUACGGUUGGCUCAGAAGUUGGCAUUGCUCCCCACGAGUUGGAGCCCUACGGUCACACCAAGGCCAAGGUCAGCCUGGAGGUACUGGACCGCCUCUCUCACCGUCGCAAUGGCCGUUACAUUUUGGUCUGCGGUAUUACCCCUACUCCUCUCGGAGAGGGCAAGUCUACUACUACUCUCGGUCUGACUCAGGCUCUGGGUGCUCACCUGAACCGCGUUGUCUUUGCCAACGUUCGCCAGCCCAGCCAAGGUCCGACCUUUGGUAUUAAGGGUGGUGCCGCCGGUGGUGGUUACAGUCAAGUUAUCCCCAUGGAUGAGUUCAACCUGCACUUGACUGGCGAUAUCCACGCCAUCACCGCUGCCAACAACCUUCUCGCUGCGGCCAUUGAGACCCGCAUGUUCCACGAGGCUACGCAGAAGGAUGGAGCUCUCUACAAGCGUCUCGUCCCCGUCAAGAAGGGCACGCGUGAGUUCAAGCCCAUCAUGUUCCGGAGACUGAAGAAGCUUGGCAUCGACAAAACCAAUCCCGAUGACCUCACCGAGGAUGAGAUUCGCCGCUUCGCUCGUCUGGACAUUGACCCCGAGACUAUCACCUGGCGUCGCGUUCUGGAUGUCAACGAUCGCCACCUCCGUGGUAUUACCGUUGGCCAGGCUCCUACCGAGAAGGGUCUGACCCGUGAGACCGGGUUCGACAUUUCCGUCGCCAGUGAGUGCAUGGCCAUUUUGGCUCUCAGCAACAGCUUGGAUGACAUGCGCGAGCGCCUGGGUCGCAUGGUUGUCGCUACUUCUCGCAGCGGUGACCCCGUUACUUGCGACGAUAUCGGUGCUGGCGGUGCCCUCGCCGCUCUGAUGAAGGAUGCUAUCAAGCCCAACCUGAUGCAGAGUCUCGAGGGUACCCCCGUGCUGGUGCACGCCGGUCCCUUCGCCAACAUCAGUAUUGGCGCUAGCUCCGUUAUUGCCGACAAGCUGGCUCUGAAGCUGGCCGGUACCGAGCCCGACGAGGACCACGACGCCAAGACCGGUUUCGUAGUCACCGAGGCCGGAUUCGACUUCACCAUGGGCGGUGAGCGUUUCUUCAAUAUCAAGUGCCGCUCCUCGGGUCUGUCUCCCGAUACCGUGGUGAUCGUGGCUACGGUCCGUGCUCUCAAGGUUCACGGCGGCGGUCCCGAAAUUAGCCCGGGUGCAGCCCUGCAUGAGAUCUACCGUACCGAGAACGUGGAUAUUCUCCGCGCCGGCUGUGUCAACCUGCGCAAACACAUUGCCAACGCCAAGCAGUAUGGCGUGCCCGUCAUCGUCGCGAUCAACCGCUUCGAGACGGACACGGAGGCUGAAAUCGCCGUCAUUAAGGAGGAGGCGAUCGCCGCGGGCGCGGAAGACGCCAUCCCCGCCAACCACUGGGCCGAAGGUGGAGCUGGCGCGGUUGACCUGGCCAAGGGCGUGCUCGCCGCUAGCUCCAAACCCAAGGACUUUAAGCUGCUGUACGAUCUGAACGGUACCAUCCAGGAGCGCAUUGAGCGUAUCGGUCAGGCGAUGUAUGGCGCCGAGAAGGUCGAGUUCAGCGAGCUGGCCCAGAAGAAGGUCGACACCUAUACCAAGCAGGGCUUUGCCAACCUGCCCAUCUGUAUUGCCAAGACACAGUACUCGCUCAGUCACGACCCCGCGUUGAAGGGUGCCCCUACCGGGUUCACCGUUCCCAUUCGGGAUGUCAGAUUGGCCGUGGGUGCUGGAUAUCUGUAUGCUCUGGCCGCCGAUAUUCAAACGAUCCCCGGUCUGCCCACCGCUCCGGGCUACCUGAAUGUGGACAUCGACACCGAGACCGGGGAGAUCGACGGACUGUUCUAGAGUCGUUGAAUUUGACGAGGUACGGUAGACUUUUAUGAAUAGGAUUGGAUAGAAUUGGCCGGUUGUAUAUACAAAGGCGAAGGUUGCCUGGUUCUUGCUUGGGAGUGAACCAUGCAGGGGGCGCUUCGUUUCAACACAUAAGAUCUACGACGAUAAUAUGGGCGCCCGAACGGAGUAGGUCUGAAUUAGACGGAGACAUAUUCAACACUGGAAGUCGGGGCGAAUUUCUUUUUACGAGGGGAUUUUUGAAAGGGGUCAAAAUAAUGAACCAAUUUUUAUGUGCCAAGUCU